GGUGUAGUCCGCGCUUUUAGUCACCCAAGUCAAACCGUAGCGUUAGCUAGCUACCUCGCUUCCAUACACUCACGUAUUCUGCAGCUUAUCGUUUUGUGACAGAACACCUGCUCAGGUCCCGCCUGAAUGAGGAGCCUAUAAGUCUCUCAGCGUAAUGUCUGGUUUAGAUCCGCCAACCCCGCCGAUGGAGUCGUGCGGGGAGGGAGGAUAUGCGGCUUUUUACCCGCCCGGCUACCAGGCCCUUCAUCCGGAGGAGCACGGACUGGAGCGUCCCUUUCGCCUCACGGCCUUCUCCGACAUGAAGGGAUGAGGCUGUAAAGUCCCGCAGGAGGCUCUGCUCAAACUCCUGCAGGGACUUGAGUCCGACCGUCAGGCCGGACAGGAUGGGAGGACAGGAGAAAGCGGGGAAGAGACCUCCGAGUUCGGCCAGCUUGGCCCGGUUUCACACGGCCCCCGGUUAGGUAUUGGGAUGGAUUCUUGUGUCAUCCCUUUAAGGCAUGGAGGGCUGUCCCUGAUCCAGACCACAGAUUUUUUCUAUCCUUUAGUUGAAGAUCCAUAUAUGAUGGGUCGAAUUGCCUGUGCGAAUGUGCUGAGUGAUCUGUACGCCAUGGGCAUCACUGAGUGCGAUAACAUGCUGAUGCUUCUCAGUAUCAGCCAGAAAAUGAAUGACAAGGAGAGGGAGCAUGUGAUGCCUUUAAUGAUGAGGGGCUUCCGUGAUGCAGCUGAGGAAGGCGGGACUUCGGUGACAGGUGGCCAGACUGUGAUGAACCCCUGGAUCAUUGUAGGUGGUGUGGCCACUGUGGUGUGCCAGCCCAAUGAUUUCAUCAUGCCAGACGGUGCCAUACCAGGUGACGUGCUGGUUCUCACCAAACCUCUCGGAACCCAAGUAGCUGUCAAUGCUCAUCAGUGGAUGGACAUACCAGAAAAAUGGAACAAGAUCAAGUUGGUGAUCUCAAAGGAGGAGGUGGAGCAGGCUUAUCAGGAGGCCAUGCUCAACAUGGCUACACUCAACCGCACUGCUGCUGCUCUAAUGCACAAGUUCAACGCACACGCUGCCACAGACGUCACAGGCUUCGGGAUCCUUGGGCAUGCGCAGAAUCUGGCGAAGCAACAGCGCAAUGACGUGGCCUUUGUCAUCCACAACCUGCCCAUCAUUGCUAAGAUGGCUGCGAUCAGUAAGGCUGGGGGGAACCUGUUUGGCUUGCUGCAAGGGACCUCCUCUGAGACGUCAGGUGGGCUCCUGAUCUGCCUGCCACGGGAGCAGGCAGCGCGAUUCUGUGCGGAGAUGAAGGCUAGCCGGAGCUCAUCAUUGGGCCAGGACGGUGGUAUAGGUGAUGGUCAGCAGGCUUGGAUUAUUGGCAUUGUGGAGAAGGGCAACCGCUGCGCCCGCAUCAUCGACAAGCCUCGCAUCAUUGAGGUGCCGUACCGCGGUGCUGUGGCCAACACACAGGAGGGCAACAACAACAACAACGCCAGCCCUCCUGAGACACAGCCCACCCAGGCAUAGUGGUGCAGCUUCUACAGCCUAGAAUACAAUAGGAGUGUGAUAGGAAUGUCUCUGUUUCAUCUUCACGUCUCCACUUUUCUCAGCCCCCUCUUUCUGGGUGUGGUCUCUCUCUGUCGUGUGUGUGUGUGUGUGUGUGUGUGUGUGUGUGUGUGUGCUUCUGGAAGGUGUGAUAUGCACAAUCCAGUCCUACUAAACCACGUUUGUGUGAAUGGGCAUAAAUGUGUCAGGCAAGUGUGUGUGUGUGUGUGUGUGUUAGAGGCGCUAUGAGGGGGGGGGUGUUCAGUCUGCUGUUCAUUUCUUCUCCCUGUUCAGCCGAUGGGUUGAGAGCAACAGACCAAAAAAAUCUUUCCUUUUACCUGGUGGGAAAUGAAAUGGACAGCAAAUAUAUCAUUCAUGUCAUAGAGUGUCUGCUUGUGUUCUCUGCUGGUCACUUGCUUCUUUUUGCCAUUCUUGUCUUUCCACUCUUUUUGUGGGUUGGUCAGGUGACCUGUUAAAUUGCCUGAGUUUAAAUAUUGAUGGCUUUUUAAGGCACUUUUUCCAGCUAUAAACAGUCCAUCUUGUUCUUAAAAAGUCAAGACAUAUCAGAUCAACUGCAUUUUUCUCUGACAAUCAAAGCCAAAUGUUGGGGGGGGAAAAACCCCAAAACAUCCAAGCAGCAAAACUUGAUGCAGGCGUGUCUAAUCUUAUUUGCAGAGGGCCAGUGUGGCUGCAGGUUUUUCAUUUGAGUCAGGACAUACUUGAUUGAUUGGGCCUGUUUAAUCAUUUGGUCUCAGUCUUCAAAGAACAGGUCAUGUGAGCUUCUCUGUUGUUGGAAUGAGAACCUGCAACUGUGCCAGCUCUUUAACGCUGCAGAUAAGAUUGGACAGCCCUGCCUUAAGGUACUCAAACAUGAUUAAAUCAAACCAAACGAAAUGUUCCAAAUCUUAAAUGUGGGUGUAUUUAAUUUAUUUGAUAUUUAAUUGUACAAUUACGUCAAAGAGUUGAAUGCAAGCGAUCGAAUUAAGGAAGCUUGUGUUUUUGUUUUCUUUUUUUUUCCCUUUUGCCUUUCUGUGUAUGUUCUGAUCAUGUCCACGUUCUCAUGUAGCCGCUUAAAUGUCAUGGAUGGUUGAAAAGUAGCUAAGAUUUCUUCAGGUCUACAGCUUGGAUGAAGUUAACUUUGAGGUUUUGCAAUGAAGUCACAACUAGCAGUGCUGUAUCAGUUUUCAUUAGGUGCGUGAUCUGCGGUAGCUUUAGGUGGAAGCGUGUGCCUGGUUUUGUAUGACGUUUUAGAUUUGUGGAAGGGUUGGUUGUCCUCUUAACUCUGAGGUGUGCAUCGUUACUCCACCAUUACGUUCUUUUUGUUUGAAUCAGUAGUAGUGGAAUGGUAGUCUGGCUCCUCCCCCUGUAUCAGAGAGAGGGUUGAGCAGCUCUCUUUGAUCCAACUGGUGAAUCAGAAUGCCAGAGAUAUCGGCUGAAUAGCUGCAGUAGAACAGAAGCACCGCUCCUCCUGAUAAUGAUGCAUUUCCCUUUAAACCUGAUAGCGAGGGUGGGAGAAGCUGAUGUUACUGGAAAGGAGGAGCGGUCCCUGAUCUACUUAAGUCUAUUCAACUGGAUUAGAGUUUGUCACCGAUUUAUAUGCCAUCUCAAGACAAUAAAACAAUCAAUGUAGUUUCUCUAAA